AUGUUAUCUUUAUUAAAUAGAUUUUUUAUACCAUCGGCCACUCGUCUUCCUCGAUCGACCCUCGGAAAAAUAAACAUUGGUGGCUGUUAUCUCUCGCCAGUGCUAUCGCAUUCGAACACCACUCCUUUAAGACCUCAAUCUCCCCCGUCCACGCCCAAUCUCAAACAUAAGCACAGUUCUGCCUAUUCAUCCAGCUACAAUUGCUCAAAGUCCAAAUAUGAUGGCCGGAGCAAUAAGCAUAACGCCGGCGGGCCGAGAUACUUCUUUGGCAGAAAUGCAGCACUCGGCACGAUCCUCAUUACGAUCCAAGGAUUAGCCCUCUUUAUCGUCUUCCGCGAACAUGUUUUGGAUGUGAAAUGGAUUAGUGGCGCAUCUAUGUCGCCGUAUUUGAAUAAGGGUUACAAUGUGGACAAUAUCGAUAGUGAGAUGGUGUUGGUUGAUGUCACAUAUGCCACGAAGCUGCAUUUACAGAGGGGUAUGGUGGUGGUAUUUCCAUCAUUACGCGGAUCUAAUUCCACCACCGAACCGAGUAAACUUUCCGUGAAACGUAUCAUAGCGCUUCCAGGGGACAUUGUCACUACACGACCGCCCAAGACCGGUGAGAGGGGCCAGAAAACCCAACUUGUACCUUGGAAUCACGUUUGGGUCGAAGGUGAUGCUACUGACCCUGACCUAUCUUUCGACAGCAACACCUAUGGACCUAUAUCAAUGGGCAUGAUAAAGGGUCAGGUCAUGUGUGUCCUACGGCGAAAGUGGAGGACUUUAAAAUGGUGGGAGUGGGAAAAUGAAGACGACCUUGUCGAGAGUGGAGGAGACCACGGAAAGAGCCAAAGAAUGAGGGUUAAGAAAGAUGCGGUUACUGUUUACGAUCCUAAUACCAACUAA